UUUAUAGUACCUUUCACUCCCAUUUGUCCAUUACCAAAAUCAUAUUUUUAGCUAAUCACUCAAUCAUGGCUGAGCUAGGAAGCACCGCCGCAGCUCCUCCGUCUGAGUUAAAAACCCGGUCGGCCGGAAGCACUGAGCACAGCUGGUGCAAGGCGGUUCCGAUUGGUACCGGAAUAACAGUCUUAGCUCUCCUCUUAUCAAAAUCACCAGACAUUUUACUUCUCCAAAAUGCCCUCCACAAACUUCAAAAUUCCAAUCCUAUCCUCAAAGCUCAACUCCAUUACGAAUCAACUACAAACUCUUACGCCUACAUCAUUCCCUCCACUUCUCAUCUUCAAAUCCAACCGUUCGAUCUCUCGUCAACGGCUCAGAUUCUCCGACGCCUCAAAACCUCCGAUCUCAACUCCGUCUCCGAUUUUCAUCUCAUCCUCGAACACGAAAUCAACCGGAACUCAUGGCUUAACACCUCAUCGGAUUCCGACACGGAUAUUUUCUUCGCGAGCAUUUAUCGAUUAGAAAACGAGAAAUCGGUGGUAGCGUUAAGGAUUCAUACAUCGGCGUGUGAUCGGGCGUCGUCGUUAGCGUUGCUGAGGAAGUUACUGGAGCUGGUGAGUAGUGAGAAGGAAGAUGGAGAAGGGACAGAAUUGGAAUUAUUGAAAAAGAUGGAGGUUGGUUUGGAGAUUGAAGAGUAUAUUCCAGCUGGAAAAGCGAGUAAGCCAUUUUGGGCGCGUGGGAUUGAUAUGGUGGGGUAUGGAUUGAAUUCAUUGAGAUUUUCUAAUUUGAACUUUAUGGAUAGUGAAUCAACAAGAGGAUCACAAGUUGUGAAAUUGCAGUUGAAUAAAGAAGAUACUAAUCGCAUUCUUGAGGGCUGCAAAACAAGAGGUAUAAAGCUGUGUGGGCUGUUGGCUGCUGCUGGAUUAAUUGCAGCUCAUUCCUCAAAAGGCCUAAAUGAGAAUCAAUGGGAGAAAUAUGCAAUUGCAACCCUUAUUAACUGCCGCUCAAUUCUUGAUCCAGUGCUUAGCCCUGAUUUUCCAGGCUUUUAUCAUUCUGCAAUCCUCAACACGCAUGACGUUAAGGGAGGAGAUGAUUUAUGGGAGCUAGCAAAGAGAAGUUACACGUCUUUUAUCAACGCCAAGAACAACAAUAAGCAUUUCACAGACAUGGGAGACCUGAAUUUCCUCAUGUGCAGGGCCAUUGAUAAUCCUGGCUUAACUCCAUCCUCUUCACUAAGGACUUCUCUCAUCUCCGUGUUUGAAGACCCUGUGAUCGAUACCUCCAGCACGGUGCAUCAAGAAAUCGGAUUAGAAGACUUCAUCGGGUGUGCAUCCGUGCACGGGGUAGGCCCUUCUAUUGCCAUAUUCGACACAAUUAGGGACGGACAGUUGGAUUGUGCAUGUGUUUAUCCCUUCCCCUUGCAUACUAGGGAACAAAUGCAGGAGCUCAUUGGUGAAAUGAAAAGAAUCCUUAUUGACUGGUAGCAAAUUACAGGAGACUUGUUUUGAUGCAUUAUGUUUUCCCACUGAUCAUGUUCAAUGAAAAUGCAAUAUGUUUCCUGAAAAACAGUUUGUUUUUGACAUCAAAGUUUCAAAUUCUUGUUCU